CUGUGCCCGCCUGUCACUUCGGCUUCCGCUGGAACGUCACACAACGUAAACGUCAAACACACCGACCGUCUCUUUCUUUUUCCGGCAAACUCUACCUGCUGUCGACACAUUUUGUGGUAACAGCGCCAAGUUUUUGGAUUUUCGUACACAAUGGUCAGCCUUAAGGUACGCAGGAAGACCAGGAAGCUGCGUGGUCACGUCAGCCACGGUCAUGGUCGUAUUGGCAAGCACCGUAAGCAUCCUGGUGGUCGCGGUAACGCUGGUGGUAUGCACCAUCACCGUAUCAACUUCGACAAAUACCAUCCGGGAUACUUCGGCAAGGUCGGUAUGCGAAACUUCCACCUGAACCGCAACCACAAGUUCUGCCCGACCAUUAACCUGUCGCAUCUGUGGAGCCUGGUGCCAGAAAAGAUCCGCGAGGAAGCGAAGAAGAACCCCGAGAAGGUCCCGGUCGUCGAUCUGGUCCAGUUCGGUUACUUCAAGCUGCUCGGUUCCGGUAUGCCGCCCAAGAUGCCCAUCAUUGUGAAGGCGAAAUACUUCUCCAAACUGGCCGAGAAGCGCAUCAAGGCGGUCGGCGGUGCGUGCCUGCUGCGGGCUUAGAGUAUUGGCUUAAGGAUCAAUCCUAACACACACACACACACAAACGCGCGCGCGGAAGGAUCGUACAUUCAGUGACGUUACGCCGUCCGGAACAAGCUUCACCACCAAUUCCAUCUCGAGAUCCUUUCGCCCAGGGCCCCCGGCGGCAUGUUUCGGUUUCCGGUCUGUUUGGUACAACGUUUCGUGUGUAUUGUGUUGUGUAUGUGCAGGAGGGCGUGUGGAGUGAACACAGACUCACGAAAAAGAAAAGAUGAGAAGGCGAAAAUACAAGAAACCAAUAUCUAAAACCUAA